CUGAAGGUAUGGAAGUAGAUGGUGGACAGCAGAACGAACGGUGGAGAUCAUCGGAGAAGACGAUCGACGAUUGGUUGCCGAUCACAUCAUCGCGAAAUGCCAAAUGGUGGUACUCUGCAUUUCACAACGUCACGGCCAUGGUCGGCGCCGGCGUGCUCAGUUUGCCUUACGCCAUGUCUUAUCUUGGCUGGGGACCCGGGGUGACGGUCCUCGUACUUUCAUGGAUCAUCACCUUAUUCACUCUAUGGCAAAUGGUCGAGAUGCAUGAGAUAGUAGAAGGUAAGCGAUUCGACCGAUAUCAUGAACUCGGGCAGCACGCCUUCGGGGAGAAGCUCGGGCUCUACAUCGUUGUCCCUCAACAGCUCAUUGUCGAGGUCGGUACCUGCAUUGUCUACAUGGUUACCGGCGGUAAGUCCUUGCAGAAGUUCCACGACCUCGUCUGCCCCGACUGCAAGAACAUAAAGCUAACAUUCUUCAUCAUGAUCUUCGCAACGGUUCAUUUCGUACUCUCUCAGCUUCCUAACUUCAACUCCAUCUCCGGAGUGUCCUUGGCAGCUGCGGUUAUGUCACUGAGUUACUCAGUAAUUGCAUGGGGAGCACCGCUGAGCAAAGGGAAGGUUGCCGGAGUGGAGUAUGGAUACAACACUUCAUCUACAGCGGCAACCGUCUUUAACUUCUUCAAUGCACUGGGAAAUGUCGCCUUUGCAUACGCCGGGCACAAUGUCGUGUUGGAGAUCCAAGCAACGAUCCCUUCAACACCGGAAAAGCCUUCCAAGAAGCCGAUGUGGAAAGGUGUCAUCGUGGCCUACAUCAUUGUGGCUAUCUGCUACUUCCCCAUCGCAUUGAUCGGAUACUGGGCAUUCGGAAACUCUGUCAAUGAUAACAUCCUGAUCACACUGGAGAAGCCACGGUGGCUGGUUGCCGCUGCGAACAUGAUGGUGGUUAUACAUGUCAUCGGUGGCUAUCAGAUUUAUGCAAUGCCGGUGUUCGACAUGAUGGAGACAGUGCUGGUGAAGCAGCUAAAGUUCCGGCCGAGCAUUGCCCUUCGCUUGAUCAGCCGAACUCUAUUUGUUGCAUUGACAAUGUUCAUAGCCAUAUGCAUCCCUUUCUUUGGUGGAUUACUCGGAUUCUUUGGAGGAUUUGCACUUGCUCCAACUACAUACUUUCUUCCAUGCAUCAUAUGGUUGGCAGUGUACAAGCCAAAGAGGUUCAGCCUGUCAUGGCUUGUAAAUUGGGCUUGCAUUGUACUUGGUGUUUGUCUGAUGAUUGUUGCACCAAUUGGAGCAUUAAGGACCAUCAUACUGUCAGCUAAGACUUACAAGUUCUUCUCUUAGGUGAAUCAAGAACAAGCAUUUGU